AUGGAACUUUGCGUGGAAUUAAGGAAAGGAAGAACAGCAAAAGAGGGGCUGAUCCAAUAUAAGAAUCUUGCCCAGAAUACGAAAGUGGGAAGUAUCGAGGUUGUGGUGGGUAGGUUUAUUGAGAUGGCAGAAGGGAAGGUCGUGGAGGCAAAAGAGAAAGCUAGAGAAGUCGCUGCUAAGGAGGUUGAGCUCGGUGGUGGAGCAGCUGGGGACGUUGAUGACCUCAAAGCUCCAUCCACACCGGAAUCCAUAUUACUUUCUUCCGUUUCCUCACCGUCCUCUGCUUCGUCGAUUCACUCGGAUCGCACUUCACGUGCUCUGAUAACACCAUCUCUGAAAUUCCUUUGGGAAUCCUACCGCCCAUCCCUCGAAACUCUCAAAAACCCCGCUCACCUUGAAACGAUAUAUCAAUCCGUGGCUCAAAAAGCAUUCCGUUUCUGUCUUAUUAACAACCGUAAAACCGAAUUUCGUCGUUUACGCGAGACUCUUCGCCUUCAUUUAGCGAAUGUAGGGAAAUACGCUACUCAACAGCGCGAAUUACACACCGCAGGGGCAGCUGCGACUAGAGCGGGACAUUGUCAGAUCAAUCUAGGGGACCCGGAUACGCUGCAAAGGCGUUUAGAUACGAGCGUGGAACUGGAGCUCUGGCAGGAGGCUUUUAGAAGCAUUGAGGAUAUACAUAAUCUGCUGACGAUGGCAAAUUCGAUGCCGCAGAUCGCCAAUUACUACGAAAAACUUUCUCACGCGUUCUUGAAGUCUGGCGACGCCUUAUAUCGCGCCACCGCUUGGGCGAAGUACUAUAUACUAGUUACGUAUGCUGGCGCGAAGGCUGUUGGGACUGGGGAAAGUAAGGAGGUUUUGGCAGGUAAAGUGAUCGUCCGUGCGUUGGAGGUCCCAGUGGGAAGUAGAGGAUCGAGUAGCUCCCGAGAAGGGAUACGCCAGGGAGGGUAG